UUUCCAAUAGUAUGAUUCCAGCUGAACAUGAGAGAUGCUUGAAUUUUGUUCGGAAUGAGUUAAACUCAGUACAAAGUGUAUGUCUAACCACUGAUACCUGGACUUCUACAAAUGUUGAAAGUUAUUUGGGUGUAACUGUCCAUUACAUUUCAGAAAAUUAUGAAAUAAAGUCGAUAUUGUUGGAAUGUUCUAAAAUGUCUGAUUCUCACACAAGUGCUAAUCUAGCAAAAGAGAUCAAAACUAUUGUUGACAAAUUUCAUUUAUUUGAUAAGAUUUUAGUCGUAGUAUCAGACAAUGCCAGUAACAUCAAAGGGGCGGUACAAAAGGACUUGAAAUUGAAGCACUUUGGUUGUUUUGCCCAUACCUUAAACUUGAUUCUUCAGGAUGCGUUAAAGCUGGUAAAAAUGUUAAUUGACAAAAUAAAAUUGAUAGUGACUUUUUUUAAAAGGAGCACAAAUGCAACUGAAAAACUGUUGAUAUCCCAGAAAAAUAUGGGCCUUGAGCCAAAAAAAACUUAUUCAAGAGGUUUCAACGAGAUGGAACUCUACAUUUUAUAUGGUUUCCAGAUUUGUAGAGCUGCAGGACGCGGUAAAAACUACUAUCGCUUUAAUAAAUAAAAAUUUACCUGUUUUGUCAGAGGAAGAGUGGGGAUUAUGCAAAGAGCUAAGCACAAUCUUACGUCCUUUUGAGGAGGUCACUUCACAGAUUAGUGGGGAACGCUACGUGACAGGUAGCCAAGUGAUACCCCUAACAAGAGGCCUGAUGUCCGUGUGUAAAAAAAUGCAAAAGGAGCCAUUCAAACCAGUUAUUCAAAAUAUUAUUAAUGAACUGCUGCAUGGUCUCGAGAAACGCAUGGAAAAUGUUGAACACAGCAAAACAAUAGCACUUGCUACUCUUUUAGAUCCCAGAUUCAAACUUGCUGUCUUCAAAGACGAAACUGCAAAGCAAUUGAUCAAAAAAACAUGUACAGAACUUUUAGCUGCAAUCUGGACAGAGACACAUGGCAAACCUUGCACAGCAGAUGAUGAAGAAAUUGGUAACACUCAAAACAAAGAUGGCAACGUAGAUUCCGCAAAAUUUUCCGUCUGGGAGGACGUUGACAACAUAAUUGCCAAGGAGAAACCUACAGGUACGAAGACCUCCGCUGCAAUUGUCGAGUUGAACCGGUACUUAGAUGACAGCUAUCUAGGACGGAAAAAAGAUCCUAUGGGCUGGUGGAAAGAGAAUCAACAUGUAUACCCUAUUAUGAGCAAAUUGGUGAAAUUAAAAUUUAACGUCAUGGCUACAUCCGUCCCAUGUGAACGACUUUUUUCUAAAGCAGGAAAUUUUUUGACAGAACGCCGAUCAAGACUGAGUUCAAAACGAGCAGAGCAGUUGCUGUUUUUGAAUGGAAAUCUAAAUCUUCUACAGUAAAUAGAAAUCAAAAAAUUUAAGUUAUAUAUAAGUUCUGCAAGUUAAAUAUAUGAAAUUAUGUAAUUCAUUUUCUUGCAAUUAAUCUUAUAUGAAGCCAUAGUGUACAGUUUGGUUAUAUUGCCCAUUUUAUUUUCUAAAUAUGCUUAAUUGUGUCUUUGAAUCUCCAUACAUUCGUGUAUCUUCAUUUAAUCUAAAGUACAAUAUUUGACAGUGUAAUUGUAAUGUACAUUUGAACAAUAUGUUUAUGUAUGUAUAUAUUUGUAAUUUAUAAAGUGUUCCUAUAUGAUUUAAU